UAUUUGGCGUACAUGCGAGACUUCACAGCACUCUAAACUCGAAGUGAUAUUAGAUUUGUGAUUCGUACAAGGAUAACUUUAUUGUGAAGGAAGUGAAUUAACUUUUACUACGUUCACCUAGCUUCAGCAUUUUGGCAAUGGAACAAGCAAAACCAGGCCUUAAUUACUCAUUGGAUAAUCCAAAAUUGACCUUAGAACAACGAGAGUUUUAUGAAAAUAAUGGUUUCCUGGUCAUUAAGAAUUUAAUUGAUGAUUCCUUCCUUGACAAAUGCAAACAGAGGUUUUUAGACCUUUGCGAGAAAAAAGUACCCUGGGGAUCACUUACCAUGAUGAAAGAUAUCUCCUUAUCCAAGAAGGGUGCAGUUGGUGAACAUCUUUAUUACAAAGUCCAGGAUUUUGUGUAUGACAAUGUCCUCUUUGAGUAUUGCAGACAUCCAACUAUACUUGAUUGUGUUGAGUGUUUUACUGGGCCAAAUAUUAUGGCGAUUCAUACAAUGCUUAUUAAUAAACCUCCGGAUUCUGGAAGUCUGACUUCACGUCAUCCUCUGCACCAGGAUCUUCAUUACUUCCCAUUUCGCCCCGCCAACAGAAUCGUUUGCGCAUGGACCGCUAUGGAAGAUAUUACACCAGAGAACGGUUGUUUAGUUGUACUCCCGGGUUCUCAUAAAGGAGAAUUACUUCAGCAUGAUUAUCCCGAGUGGGAAAAUGGAGUCAACAAGAUGUAUCAUGGCGUGCGCGGUUUCGACGACCAUCUUAUCAUUGAACUGUCCAUGACAAAAGGAGAUACGGUUUUCUUCCAUCCAAUUUUGAUCCAUGGUUCAGGCCCAAAUCGCACUCAACGAUUCCGCAAAGCUAUCUCGUGUCAUUACAGCUGCGCAGAAAUGGAUUUCAUUGAUGUCCAGGGCACGUCGCAGGAGAACAUCGCAAAAGAAGUAGAGCAGGUUGCUAAGCGACGCGGUCUAGAACUAAACUUUCAGGACUUCUGGAAAUUCCGCAGUCGUCUAGUUCGUGGUCAACAGGCAGUAAAAUGGUUCAGUUCACUGUGAUUACACUUCACAUGUCUACGCUUGACAAUCGAUGGUUUCUACCAACAGUGUACCCAUUCACAUCAACUUUUGAUUCUCUCACGCCAAGGUAAGCGAAAUUCUCCACCUUCGGUGAAAAUUGUACGGGUAUCGUUAAAAUGUAAUGCUGAUAAAGGGAAAUCGUAGUAGAUA